CGUAUGUCAAUCUCAUAUCUCUAUUUUGUAUACCUAUCUAUCUGUCUGUCUGUCUGUCUGUCUGUCUGUCUGUCUAUCUACAUAAGAACCAACCUCCCCUUCACCUCACCUCUCUUGCCCCACUUAGUCACCGCAUGGUUGUGCCAUUCCUUCUCUCUCUUCUAACUUUCAUGCCCAUUGAAGCACAUCGCAAAGAUCUCUGCAGUUCCCUGAAGGUGCCACCACCUGGACGUCUCCACAUCUUCACAUUCAUCCUGAUACUGACCAGGAACGCCUGAUGACCACACCUCCACCAUGAGUCCUGAAGCUCGCUGUAUAUAAAAAGGGUCACACUGAGGAGCAACGCCAGUGAAAAGGAAGAAUGGAGGUCAACAGGAUGCUCGCUGCUGCAGUUCUUCUGUGGAUUGGUGGGGGAUCUGCCGCUCCCAUGGAGUGUCACUUCAGCUCUAAAGCUCCGUGUGUGUUUGAGGGGAGAAACUUUUCCAUUGGGGACACUUGGAUGGACAACACCUGCAUGCAAUGCACCUGUCUGCACCCUGUUGGUGUCGGCUGCUGUGAAACGGUUCAUCGGCCAGUUGACUUUCCCGCCUGGUGCGAGGUCCGAGUGGAACCGGUUACCUGUAAACUGACCCUGGUACAGAGAGCUGAUCCCCGCCAACCGUGCAACCCUGGAGAGGGCAUCAGGGACCCCAGCCAUGGAUCAGUGCAGCAGCAGAAUCAGCUCCCAGGCUAAUGUGCUGAGAUAAAACCUGCACACUUCCUAGUCACUUACGCAAGUUUGAUUCCAUUUACAUAUGUUAAACCCAGCUGCAAUAAUUUAUCUUAAAAUACUCUGCAUGUUUCAUUACAGUUUGUCAUGAAUGUGAACAACAGCAUACAGUAUCACACAAUCAUUCAUGUCCAUUAUAGAGUUUAAUUUGUGGCUAAAUCCUCAAAAAUAUAUUUAGCUUUAAGACAGUUUCAAUUGCAAUUAGCUCACAUGUAAAUUCAGUGCGAACUAGGUAGGUUUUAGCCUUUAUAUAAUCUGUUGCAAAGCACUACAAUAACAAGAUCU